UUCGUCUUCUAAAAAACGUAAACAUUACAUCACAUAAACAACAACUCGAACUCAUCGGGGUCAUAUGGAGCGCUGUCCCUGUAUGCCCAGAAAAUACUUUGAUAACAGCUGAUCACCGCGUAAACAUGACUACUGGAGGCGAAGAGGGCACGAUACAAGUGGAGGAUACUUCAGAGAAGGAAAAUCUAGAGCCGCCAGCGAAAAAGCUCCGCACGGAAGCGAAGAAAGUGGAGAAUUUGGAGACGCGACUGAACGAUAUUUUGAGUUGCAACGUCUGUCUUUCUCUACCAUGUAAAGCUGUAUUCCAGUGUCCAAACGGCCACCUCAUGUGCUCAGGGUGCUUCACACACCUUCUUGCAGAUGCAAGGUUAAAAGACGAGCAGGCGACUUGUCCAAGCUGUCGUAUAGACAUCAGUCGCAACAACUGCUCUCGUAAUCUUGCUGUGGAGAAGGCAGUGUCAGAACUCCCAACAGCAUGUCAGUUUUGUGAUAACGAGUUCCCGCGAAGCAUAGCCUCUAUUCACGAGCGUGAAGAAUGUUCCGACAGGUUGGUUCGCUGCAAGUACAAGCGCCUGGGCUGUCCGUGGCAGGGCCCCCAUCAUGAGUUAGCACUGCAUGAAGGGGCGUGUCCACAUCCCGGUAAAACAGGGCUUGAGCUGAUGGAGGCUUUAAAUGCCAUUGAUGAGAAAAAUGAAAUGGAAUUGCAGACGCUGGGAACCAUUGUGGGCCUGCUAUCAUUUGAAAAGAUAGCCAUAAAUGACUUGCAACUGCGACCAUAUCGUACAGAUGACUUCAUCCCGCAGCUUUACUAUGAAACAAGCAGGUUCAAUGCUCUUGGACAGCAGUGGGUGGUAAAGACAAAAGUGAACGGGAACGAGAAAAGCUUAAAGAGAGGCUUGAUGUUUCAGCUGGCACAGAAAACCAAAGGUCCAAUAAACAUCAAGUUUAUGAUGUUACAGAGUCCAUUUGGGGAUCUGACAAUCAAGCCGUCACUACACCACCAUGAGUUCAUGACAGACAAGCAGGAGAGUGAUUUCCAUGAGGUCCAGCUCCUAGACAGUGUUGAGUGUAAUAAGAUGCUAGCAUCCAAGAUGAUCCACCUCAGACUCAUGAUGUUCCAAAUGCCAACAUAAAAAGAUAGUGUUGAUAAAUUUAAAUUGAUUAGUCACACUAAUUGUUUGGUCGGAACAUUUUAAUUAAAUACCAACAUAAAAA